UGUCUUUCUCAUGGUGAAUGGAUCAUCCUGAGAUUUUUGGCAUACCAACAGGUGCUCCCAUUUCUGAUAAGAAGAAGAAAAAAUUAAGCUUGAACUCUUUCUAUAAACUUUACAUAUCAACAAUUUUAAAAUGGCGUCAUUUAAAGAAAUCAUGUUCAAAUUCUCAAUCUUCAUGCCAAGCCGCACAACCUGAAGCAAAAUCUCAAGUUUCUCAGGAACAGGACACUGGGGAAGAAACAGGAAAGCCAAAAAUGAAUGGAGUCCACAGUUAUAGAUACAAUUCUGAUAGCAUGCAAAGCAAUGGUCCUGUAAGCCCUAGACACAUUUACAGGAGUAAAACCGUGGAUAGUUAUUGUUUUCCACGUUUUUCUGCUUCCCUAUCAAGAAAUGGGAGCCGUAGGAGUCCCUCUCCAACACCAUCAUUUAUGUCUAGAACUAGAAGCGCGAGCAAGGCGAACAACGAAUCAAAUUAUGGGUUUACCUCAUCUCUUUCAAGAAAUGCAAGCGGCAGGAGCACCGCUCCUAUUAUGUUUUCAAAUUCAACAGGGAUGAUAAAACCUCAAGCUGUUCAAAAGAAUCUCGAGUGCACGCUAGAGGAGUUGUGUUAUGGAUGCAUGAAGAAGAUUAAGGUUACAAGAGAAGUUCUUACAUGCACAGGGAAAGCAGUUCAACAAGAGGAAAUACUGACAAUAGAUGUGAAGCCAGGAUGGAAAGAAGGAACAACUAUAACAUUUGAAGGAAUGGGAAAUGAAAGACCCGGCUGUUGCCCAGCAGAUAUAACUUUUGUGAUUGCUGAGAAACAGCAUCCUCUGUUUCGUAGAGAAGGAGAUGAUUUGGAGAUUGCAGUUGAAAUCCCCUUAGUACAGGCUCUAACAGGCUGUGAAAUUUUAAUCCCUUUGUUAGGCGGAGAAAACAUGACUCUGAUGAUCAAUGAUAUUAUUUACCCUGGCUAUGAGAAAAUUAUCAGAGAACAAGGUAUGCCAAACACAAGAGAGCAAGGAAAGAGAGGAAAUUUGAAAGUCAUAUUCCUAGUUGAUUUCCCAGAACAACUUACAGACAAACAGCGAUCUGAUAUUCUUAGUAUUUUAGAGGACUCUUGUUGAAUUGUUCAGUUUUCUUGAGCUAAAGAUUUCAUUUCCUCUGUUUUGUGGUUUCA